CGUUCGACAGUUAUUACUGAUUCUCAUAUUUUUUCUCGGCUAGAAUUUGCUAAAACUCGCGUGAUUUCAUAUCAAAAUUAUAGUAGUGUUCUUUAAUAUUAAAUUGUAUAACUUCACUUGUUCUCCGAAAUGUUAUUCAUAACAUCGAAUGGAAGAGUAGUAGAGAGCAGUGCUCAUAUACCAGAAGAUACUGCUACGAUUGAAGUUUUGAAAGAAGACAUUGCUGCGAAAUUAGAAGUUGAAAAAGGAAGGCUUAUGCUUUCUGUUAAAAAUGAGCUGCUGGAAGAUGAUAACAGAACUCUUCGAUCUUAUGGAGUUGAAUCAAAUGAAGAAAUCAAGGUAUUGAUUUCACCAGUCACAAUACCAACUGAUUACCUAGUUGGAUCAAUGUGGAGUUAUAGAGAGCAGAUGUUCGAAGUCGAAAUCCACAAAGAACUUGUCAAUUGGAUAUAUGUAAAUGUUGAGAGAAGGGUUGUUUCGAUAAUUCUCUCGAGAGAGAAUGAGGAAAUUGUCGAUGAAGGAGACACAAUAAAACUUACUUCAGACAAUGAAAUUUUAGCGAGAAACACUACUAUUGGUUCUAAUUUCAAAAUUAUUCGAAAAUUGCGACUAAAAGCGGAGAAAAAUCCAUACCCUUUAGAAUAUACCUUCCGAUAUGAUGGAAAAUACAGAGUGUUCGGACAUAACACUAUAUUAGGAAUAAAUGGACACCAAACAUGGUGUUACUCUUUACGUCGAGAUGAAGUGAUACCGGUCAUCGAAGCAGGGCCUCGUAUUGAAGAUACCUUUGGACCAAUUGCUGGAAUAGAAGUCGGUUAUCUAUGGUAUUACAGAGUCCAAGCAAAAAGAGCUCGUGUGCAUCGAGAACACAUGAAAGGAAUAGCAACGUUGGAGGGUAAAGCCACUGCUAUAGCAAUAUCGGGUAAAUAUAAGGCCAAUUCAGAUAAUAUACACCUAAUCGUAUAUACUGGUUCGAAUAGUUCGUUUGAACUAUCUGGAGAGAACCAAUGCUUGGCAAGGAACUGCAAUGAACAUGAGGAUAAUAAUGGCAAAAUGAAUAAAAAUUGGAAAGAAAGCACUGACGGAGUCAGAGUGCUAAGAAAACUACAGAUAGCUGAAGAUAACCCGUACUCUCGACUUUUUUGUUUUCGGUACGAUGGUAUUUAUAAAGUGGUUGGUUAUUGGAUUGAAACACAAUGGCGAUUUUUAUUAGCUCGGCAUGAUGAUUCUCCAUUAAUUCGUCCUGAAAACUUUGCUGAAACAACAGAAAAAAAGGAUACGAACGAAAUCAAAGAAUACUUUGAUGAAAUUGAGGUCGGAGCUGAAUGGAGCACCAGAGAAGAAAUGGCUCACGCCAAGGUUCAUACAAAUCUUGAAGCUAAUAUAAGUAAAAACUCAGAAGGAUAUGCUACUUCGCUUCUUUUGUCGAACAAAAUUCAAAUGAAUUUGAUUAUUAAACAAAAUUACAUCAUUUACACCGGAUCAAAUGAAAACGACUUGGACAAGGCUUUAGCUAAAAAUUGCUUUUGUGCGUUUGAUCAACGGCUUCAGAAAAAUGGAAAUGUUGCAGAAGAGUGCGAAAAAGGCUUUCCCGUCCGAGUUUUUAGAUACUGGUGGAAGACAGUCUACAAUGAAUCUGAUGCGAAUCAAAUAGCUAGAGAAGUAUACCGAUACGAAGGUACUUAUCACGUAAUCGCGUACUGGCCGGAGACCAGAGUAGAAAAUAAAUCAUCAGAGAAAACCAGAGUAGAAAAUAAAUCAUCAGAGAAAACCAGAGUAUGGCGAUACGUACUGGUGAAAAAAGAUGCUGAAGAAAACAAUCAAGAUACUGCUAAAAAUGCAGUAAAGAAAACAAAUAAAAAUGAUGAGAUUUAUCUCGAUCCCAUGGAUGAUGAUCAGACCCUUGGCUACAUUUUAGAUCUUUCUUCAAGUAGUAGAAACAAAUUAUAAUUUCUUGUUAAUGAAAAAAAAAGCAUUAAUCUCUCAACAGU